UUUUUGGGGGGCGCAGGGAAUUCCGACAACAACAUCAAGCAAAGAGCGCGGCGGGCAUCUUUAGAAUCCGCCAGCGUCAGUAUUGAGCACUGCGCUCAGGAUUGCAGCGCGGCGGGUGCUGCCAGGAAUGCCACCCUGGCACGAGGUGGAGGGGAGGAGGAGGUGGAGGAGGAGGAGGAGGAGGAGGAGGGGGCCCAGCGCCAAUGCAAGAAAUACGAGCGGAGCUCCAGACGUCUACGGCCUCUGCCGUCGGGCACAACGCCCUGUCUGAAAGAACCGUCGCAGCCUCAGGCUGCCGCGUCGCCCCAUCCUCGCCAGGAUGGGCCCAGCCCACUCCUUCCCCCUCUGCCAGCUCGCGCCUAGGCCGCCCAGAACGGCGGCCAGCGUCACCCGUCGGCCUGCCUGUCCGCCCUUGCGGCAGCGGCCGGCAUUUCGGAAAACCGGCCCCAGCCUGGCCCAAGCCAGCAGUGGGGAGACUCCCGCGGCGCGGCCCUGCUCCAAUUGCAA